UGAUCAGCUGUUGUGAUUGUUAUUAAAAAAAAUAACUGUUUAAAUUAUUUCAAAUCAAAAACAUAAACUUUAUAACUUUUUAAUAUGUCAUUAAAAAACAGUGGUUGUUGGUGUAUUGUACCAACAUGUAAAAAUACCGGUAAAUCUAAUCCAAAUAAAAUUUUUAUAAAUGUUCCAUCAAAUAAAUUAAAACGAAAAAUGUGGUUGGAUGCAUGCCGGAAUAAAAGUGAUUAUUCUUUAUCAAGUCGACUUUAUUGUUGUGAGGAUCAUUUUGAUUUAAAAAUAGAUAUGGAAAAUUAUUUAGAGUGGAAAAUGAUUGGUGGUAACAAACGGAUGAAAAGUAAUAUUUUGCCACAUAAAUACAUUGAAAAAUCAAAACUGACAAGUGUAGAAGUUUCUCCAAUGGAAGCAGAUGAACAAAGUUCUGAGAAAUCCAGCUUCAAUUUUGAUGAUAAAAUGAUAGGUCGAAAUUCAAGCAAUAAUAUCAAUAAUAUGGAUCUGGAAUAUUUGGAUACUGUAAAUUCUACUGCAUCUCAAGAUUUUAAAGCCAGUGCAUCUAAUGUUUUUUAUGAUAUUUUUCCUCCUCAAUCUAUAAAAGUUAAUGCUGCAGUUCAAGUCAAGAUAAGAAGUUUGUAUAGGAGUACACAAAUUCAGUGUAAACCUCAAACAAAAGACCGUGCAACUUCUCCCAUUAAAAUAUUCUCUGGAGUAAAAAAUUUGGAUGACUCAUGUUCUUCAUCAAUUAGUAAUAAUCAAGUAAUGAACACAUCAAAUACAACAGUAAGUUCAUUCCCAACUUCUUCCGAUAACCUUUUGUCGACAAAUCCAAGUACUGAAAAUGAGUGGAAAAGCCAAUAUCAACAAGAAGAAUUCCAAAAAUUAAAUUUAAAACAAGCUUUCCAAAAAAUUCAACAAUCACCUCGUAAAUAUAUCGGUAUUCCAAACGACUGUAUGGAUAUUAUCGAUAUUUUACGGACUGCUAAAUUAAGUGAUGUUGAAAUCUUUCUCACAUUAAAAAAAAUAAGACUUAAUGAAAGUUUUGCUAUUUUAGCAGAUGAUUUUGGGAUGUCUACUUCUAAUGUAAGUCGUACAUUUACUAAGACCUUGCCAAUCAUAACUAAGUAUUUAAAAGACUUCAUUAUUUGGCCUUCAUCUGCAAAAAUUAAACAACAAUUGCCAAUGAGUUUCAGGAGUCGUUAUGCCGCAGUUGAAUCGAUCAUUGAUUGUUUGGAAAUUGAAAUUGAAAAGCCAACAGACCCAGUUAAACAAUCAUUAACAUGGUCAGAAUACAAAAAAUGUAAUACUGUGAAAUAUUUAGUAUCUUGUACUCCAGAUGGUAUAGUUAAUUUCAUAUCACCAGGUUAUGGUGGUAGAGCAUCUGAUGCAGAAAUAGUUUCAAUCUCUGGAUACUUGGAUUAUUUAAAGCCAGGUGCAGUUGUAUUAGCAGAUAGAGGUUUCAAACAUAUUGAAAAUUUAGUAGUUGCGAAAAAAUGUACAUUGAUUAGACCUCCUACAGUAAGCUCUAAUAAGCAACCAACUCAUGAUGAAGUCAUUGCGACGAAACGAAUCGCUAGCCUUCGAAUUCACAUUGAAAGGUUAAUAAGAAGAAUCAGAGAAUUUCAUAUUUGUGAACCUCAUUCAUCUGUUAAUAUUAAAUUGAUUCCGCAAAUGAAUAAUAUUAUCACGAUCGUCGCUGCUUUAACAAAUUUACAAGGACCACUGAUAAAAAAAACAUAAGUAACAUUAGAGAUUAAUUAAAAAUAUAAUAUUAAUUAUUUUACAAAAUUUUGUUAUUCACAGUAAAUAAGCUUAUGUAUAUAUCUAUUAACAUUCAA